UAAGUUGACACUAGAACAUUCGUUUCGAGAACACCUUCGCCUUUUUCUAGCCUGUUAUUUCGCCGAUAUUACUAGUUUUACCCGAGUUUUCGGUUGCAAUAAUUUCCCAGCCAUGUCAAUUGUCAAAAUCUAUUAUCACAACGAAAACAUUUACAACGUGGAGAAAAAACCCCCGGAGCGUCCGCCAAACCCACCGCUGUAUCAUUCCCGCUUCGAGCAUCAGGUUCGCCGAGAGACGAAAUCCUGCAAGGAUGCCCACCGAACGAUGGGCUACGCCAAAACUCCCCUCCAGAAGCCGGACGAAUUCCUCAAGAAAAACUGUGGCGUUCGCUAUCGGGCCACCAAAUCGGCACCGGUUAGGCUCUGCACUGGCCACAGACCACCCGUGCCGAAAAAGGACGAGACGGGUUGUGCGAACCAGCAGGCGACAACGAAAAGCGUCAAUUUCAAGGUCGAAAACAUUAAAAAGGUGGUGAACACGAGCCCCAGAAAGGUCCGCCCACGGUAUGCCGAUACUCGCAAGGGCGACUAUCACGAUUUGGAAAAAUCCGGUCUCAUGCCCGUGUACAAGUGCCAGCCAAAGUAUGGUAAAAUACCACAAUACCUACAGCGCCGUAAGAAAGAGUUGGACGCCCAGAAACAACACUUGGUCGCUAAAAGUAGCGAACAGAAACAGGACUGCCUGGCGAUCUCGCAGGAGGAACGUCUAGAACUUCUUAAGGGAUUGAAGAAAAACUGGGAGAAUUUGCAGCAAGAGUACCAAAGUCUUCCACUGCUGAUUGAUACUGUGCCGAAAAUGAUCCGCAAGGCCAAACUGGAGAAAGGAUUGAAGGAGCUAGAGAAAGAUAUUUUAACGAUAGAGAGCAAUCCCUACAUUUACGUUUAUGAUGAUGAGGAUCAGUACAAUUAGUAACUAGCGAAAGUAGUCUGCGAUUUUAUUUCGAUACCUUCUCAUAGUAGAUUUUUCAUGAUAUUUUGAUAAGACUUUGUGUGUAUGAGUGCUUUCGGACUUUGUUUAGCUUGUAAAAUGGGCAAUAUAUGAAAUCAAAUUUUUCGUCAACAAGGUAAUGUUUU